AUGGACAUCUCUACAUACAUUGCUAACGGUGAAUGGGACUUGAUUGGUUCACCGGUGAGACGAGAAGUGUCUUUCUACAAAUGUUGUCCUGAGCCUUAUCCAACCCUCAAAUUUUAUCUGCAUUUGAAGCGCAAGUCGUUCUACUAUAUAUUCAACAUAAUCGUCCCAUCAAUGCUGAUCUCUGGCAUGACCCUGCUCGGCUUCUGUUUACCUCCUCACGAUUCUUUUCUACCUCCUCACGAUAUGAGCGAGAAAAUCGGUUUUUCGUGA